UUUUCUGUUUUUAUAUGAAGCAUCCAAACCUGGUGCAUCUGAUCGAAGUGUUCCGCCGUAAGCGUAAACUGCAUCUCGUGUUCGAGUACUGCGACCACACUGUUCUGAACGAGCUGGAGAAACACCCGGCUGUAAGUACAAUAAUGUUCUGUUUUUAUAUGAAGCAUCCAAACCUGGUGCAUCUGAUCGAAGUGUUCCGCCGUAAGCGUAAACUGCAUCUCGUGUUCGAGUACUGCGACCACACUGUUCUGAACGAGCUGGAGAAACACCCGGCUGUAAGUACAAUAAUGUUCUGUUUUUAUAUGAAGCAUCCAAACCUGGUGCAUCUGAUCGAAGUGUUCCGCCGUAAGCGUAAACUGCAUCUCGUGUUCGAGUACUGCGACCACACUGUUCUGAACGAGCUGGAGAAACACCCGGCUGUAAGUACAAUAAUGUUCUGUUUUUAUAUGAAGCAUCCAAACCUGGUGCAUCUGAUCGAAGUGUUUCGCCGUAAGCGUAAACUGCAUCUCGUGUUCGAGUACUGCGACCACACUGUUCUGAACGAGCUGGAGAAACACCCGGCUGGUUGCCCAGAGCUCCUCUCGAAGCAGAUAAUCUGGCAGACGCUGCAAGGCGUGGCGUACUGCCACCGGCACAAUUGCAUCCACCGCGACGUCAAGCCGGAGAACAUCCUGCUCACGAGCGACGGCGUCGUCAAGCUGUGCGACUUCGGCUUCGCCAGGAUGAUCAGCCCCGGCGAGAGCUAUACGGACUACGUGGCCACACGGUGGUACCGGGCCCCAGAACUGCUGGUCGGCGACACGCAAUACAGCGCGCCUGUCGACGUGUGGGCCAUCGGCUGCGUGUUUGCUGAACUGCUGUCAAGCGAGGCGCUAUGGCCAGGCAAGAGUGACUUAGACCAGCUGUACCUGAUCCGAAAGACCCUGGGCGACCUGCUGCCGAGGCACAUGACUAUAUUCUCGCAGAACACGUUCUUUCAGGGUAUGGCGCUACCAGAACCCACUACACUAGAGCCUCUAGAAUCAAAACUACCACAAAGAUACGCCCACAAUGAACUCGUUAUAGACUUCUUAAAGAAAUGCCUGGACAAAGACCCGAUGAUGCGGUGGACGUGCGAGCAGCUCCUCCGGCACGCCAUCUUCGAGAACUUCCUCUUCACCGUACCCAACUCCGAGCAAACCGAUUACGAGCGUCUGCGGAGGGCACAGGUGCAGUCGUCGCCCCUGCUCCCGCAGCUGGCCGUGGAGCGCGCGGCGCCGGCGCGCGGCAAGAAGGAGGACGCGCGCGCGCACCUCCCCACCAUCUGACUGCAGGGGCUGCCCGCGCUGCGCAAACCGUAGCUUAGCGACUACCGGGCCUGGCCGACAUGUCAAUAGGGAAUAACGGAAAACUAUAGGGGGCUAGCACAAAUUGUAAGGGGUCAUGCAUUCAUUACAUCACACAAAUUAGGGGGUAGGGGGAGUCAAGAAAAUGUGACAUGUUGUGACAAGAGAGAGGGGGAGUCACAAAAUUUGUGAUGUCACUUUAACUUGAAUUAGUUCGCAAAAAUGUUUUUCAUUUUUUUUAUUCGCUGUACAGUUAAACAACAAGUUUUUGGUACGAUAAUCGUUUUUAUUCGUUUACUUUUCUUUCCUAAUCAGCUUUGGGUUAUAAAAUUACAUGUAUUUCUUCUAUCAAAAAUAUUUUGAUAAAAUAUUAAUAAUACCUAAUUCGAUUUCGUUGUAAACAAAAUUGCCAAAAUUGUGCCGUUACACCAUGUGUUUGCAAAAUGUGACCAAGUGUGACAAGAGGGGGGGUAAAAAACCCUAGAAAUUCUUAUGACGUAAAUAAUGGAUGACCCCUAAACGAACCGUCAUAUAUUUAUUUGUAACAAAUAAUCUGUGAACACUAAAGUCUGUCAAACAACUUUGUCAGUAGAAAAAGGCGCGAAAUUCUAAUUUUGUAUGAGACGAUAACCCUUCAUGACAAUUUUUUUUUAAAUUUCUGCUUUUUUGCACUGACGAAAAUGGCUUGACAGACUAGUCCCAAAACUAUUUACGGUAUAAUACGUAUAAGUUAAUUUUUUAUGGUUUGUGCUAGUGCUGCACUCUGGCGGCAGAACAUUGCAGUAAUACAGGGAGUAUUGUUGCUAGAAAACGACAAUUGAUACUUGGCGUUUGUCGAUGUACCAUUGUCAUCUUGGCUAGGCCCCCUGACAAGAAGCUUAUAUAAACAGUGGAGGUUGCACAUACAAUAAAAGCUUGAGGUAGUACCAUAGAGAAAUGUAAGCAUAGAGUGCUCAGUUGCUCACUCCAUAAUUCACCAUUGUUACCAAAACGCUCGUUUUCGUAGUCGACAUCUAGCGUCGUGUAGCGGAUUUAUCAGUAAGCGCUACUUGACACUAGAAUGUAACAAGUAUCGCGACUGACGCAAAGUGUAUUGCUCAACAAAAAAAUUUUUAUACUACGUCGGUGGCAAACAAGCAUACGGCCCGCCUGAUGGUAAGCAGUAUCCGUAGCCUAUGUACGCCUGCAACUCCAGAGGAAUAAUAUUUAAUUUAAUUUUGUUGAAUUUACAACAAAUACUACAAGCAGAAGUAGAGCUCCGGUUAAUCUGGUUAAAAUUUUAGCUGUAAAUUGUUGAGCAUUAGAUUUUUCGUUCGUCGCGACAUCUAAUGUCAAGUAGCACUCGGAUCGUGACAUUCUGUCAUGUAGCAGUACUGAUAAAUUCCGCUACUUGACGCUAGGUGUCGACUGCGAAAAUAAUAAGCGUUUUGGUCAGAAAACUGAUGUACGGUACGGUCACGUCUGAAAAUAUACGGACAACGUGCCAAAAAUAUGUAUACACUACCCUAAUAUAUGGGCCAUAAGGUCGUGUAUACAUAUUUUUGACACUUCGAUCGUGUGGAUGUUUUCAGACGGGACUGUACCUAUGGAGUGAGCACUCUAUGCUUACUUAUUAUGGGUAGUACCUAAAUUAUGACCUUGAAUUAGGGUCAAUGGUUUCCAUUUAUCCUAAUAAAGAAACAAUAUGUAAAUGAAUGCAAACUCUAUUCUUUUUAUAAUCUUCUUGGAGUAUGUUGUUCCCAGCUGUAACAGAAAGGCGUACCGGACCGAUACCGAGGAAGCAAAGAAGCACCACGUUAUAAGGAAUAUCUACCCUCAUCUGUUAUUUAUUUGUGAUAGGAAACAUUGUUACAUUGCAAAUAGGAUGCCUAGUAAAAUUACUUAAGUAAAAAAAAUUUUUUUUUUGUUAUUUAAUCAUUGAUAUAUCAAAUAAAAGCUUAUUUUGUAUAUAAUCUAAUUGUAAUAGAUUGCCUUAUUAAAAAGUUGGUCCCGUCCGUGGUUAACCGAUUUUUAUCUAAAAUCUAGGCGACCAUGGACUGGACCAACUUUUUAAUAUUCCUUAUAACGUAUCUUAGGCCAAAACAAGUAGAAAAAACAAGUUAUGUUUAAAUCAUACUUGUUGCCGGACAAUUUAUUGAACAAAGAAUAAGAAUCACAUAUCUGAAAUGAUUUAACGAAAUCCAAUCUCUAUUAAGAUUGGAUAUGAUGAGAAAGGAGUUAUGUACAACGCCUACAUGGCCAUAAUCUACACUAAUAAAUCAAUUUGAUCACAACAA